UGCGUCCUCUCGUGUUUGAGGGAAGAAAUCGCGAUAAAAUGUAUCCACGUCCCACCAGUCACAAUCCCGCGUUGGGACCAGGCUGCACUGGCCCUUCGCUUGCCCAGUACGUGCCUGAUUAUGCAGAUGUAUCCAGCAGGCCAUCUGUGCAACAGCCUUUGAGCGGCGCAGCGCCAUUCAUGGUGGAUCCUAAAGCUGUAGCGGCUUCGAUAGGAGGGCACGAUCCCACGAAACAUACCACGUCACCAUAUGUCACAGGGACGUCUGUUCUAGGCGUGACGUACAGGGAUGGAGUGCUGCUGGCGGCUGACACGCUGGGUUCAUACGGGUCCACAAAGCGCUACAAGUCUUUUGAGAGACUUCGCAAGGUGAAUGAGCAGACCAUCAUUGGGGCUGGUGGCGAGCUAUCGGAUUUCCAGUACAUCCUGACGCUGUUGGACGAGCUCUCGAACGAGGACUUCUGCGCCGAUGAUGGCGCAAAGCUGUCGCCCAAGGAGAUCUAUGCCUACCUGUCGCGUGUCCUCUACAACCGCCGAUCCAAGAUGGACCCACUGUGGAAUUCCUUGGUGGUGGGAGGCUUGCAAGAUGGGAAGCCAUUUCUUGGUACCAUCACCAUGCUUGGCGUGCACUACUCAGAUGACCACAUCGCAACAGGCUUUGGACAGAUGCUGGCACGCCCCCUAUUCCGUGAGAGGCACCGUCCAGACAUGAGUGAGGAGGAGGCCACACAGCUCCUUCACGAGGGACUGAGGGUUUGCUACUACAGGGACAAGCAGACCACCAACAAGUUCCAGAUUGCAAAGGUCACUGCUGAAGGCACAAGCAUAUCCGAGCCAUUUGCGCUGGAGACGAAGUGGGACUACAAGGCUUUUGUCAACCCUGGAGCACUUGCUGUUGGUACAUGGUGAUGGCGCACGUGGGCGACUCACAUGGUGCAGCUGCUCAUGGGGCCCAGUAUUGGAGGGGUCGUGUGCGUCAUGAUGAGCAUGCUGAACCAGGGGGUCUCAAUGAUGAGUUCCUGCACCAGCUGGGCUAGCUGGAAUGUGGCAGUUGCGAAACCCAUAUGUCGAAAGAGCAGCAACAUAGACUCAAGCAGGCUAAAACUGCUAUUGAAAUCUCAUCUACCAAAUGGACAAGCUUGAGCAUGUAUGCAUAGCCCACUCUUUUCCAUUGGUCGAACAGCACUAAUGGUUCACAGUCACAGACUGAUCCAGCAGCUGCAAUCCUUGCAAUUAAUGAUGCUGCAUUUGUGCUAUAUCAGCUGCUGAUGUACGACACCAAGCAGACACCGGAGGUGAUUGGUCUGGAGCGGAACUUUUGUGUUUGGGAAGCCAUUAAGCUCUUAUACGACGAGAUGCCAGAAGACAAGGAAUCUCACGCCAUCAAUGGUAAUUAGACCCCUGC